GUCAAGUAGCGAAGCCCGCGCGGCAGUGUCCUCGCCUAAGCAUAAUUACUGGAGGUUUGUACACGAGAGAACCAAAACAGACAAGCGCCUAGCGUGAAAUACCAGUCUGUCAUUUAAUCAAACAGCAAGCGUACACUGACGAGAUAUUUCUGUGAGAUAACCAUCCAGACGUUUGGCAUGAUGAUGAUGAUGAUGACGUUAACAUGAGAAAAGAUCUAAUGGAUGUAAUUCGUAUCAUGUGACAACAACGUGGAGCACCCAUCGACAUUACACUACAGGGCGAAAGAACCAUGAAACUUCAUCACUUAAUGGAAAACAAAAUCAGUAGAGCAGAGUUUCGUCUCGGGUACGAUGACGCAUGCGCAGACGGCGUGGAAUUCGACAUGGCGGGAAAAGUCGACUACCUGGAAGUGAACGCAAACGCACCGCCGUCCUUCUGUGCACACGAUUCUCUGACGUCACCGAAAUCGCCGUAUGACGAUGCCGGUUUUGUCGAUAACAACAGGAGUGAGGAUACCCCAGUGUGUACGGACAGCUUAAAGGUCUGCUCUGUCAUCACAGAAGAUUCGGGGAUCUCGGAGAAUUCCUUCAGUUUGGUUGACGAAAUAGAAGCAGACAAAAGUCUGUAUGAUAUAACAGAGAGGGCGGAGUCACUGGAUGAAGUUACCGACUCGGAGGAGUCCAGCUCGUCGAGUGUGAGAGAUAGGGAGGACAGAUUCGGAAACACCGCCAGUGGUCAGUGUUUCGACCACUCCAGGACCAUAAACCAGAUCCGAGGAAGCUUAGAGGAGAAAGUCAAACGCCUUCGCGACGAGAAAGCCGCCGUAGACGAAAAAAUCCGCCUGGCACAGGAGGAGGAAGAGCUGCGCAUGCGCGAGAAGACCAAACUCAAACAGCAGCUCGUCGUCCACCGAAGGGACCGUCUGAAAAAAGUCAUUGGUGAUUUGAAACGUAAACUUGAGGAUCAGAGCGCACGGCUGCAGGUCACUUACAGUACUCUCAUUUCGCUGCAGAGAAAUGUAUUUCGACAUAGAAGCUUCUCGAGGCCAAAUAAGGCGCCAGAAUUUAAUGACUCGUCGCUGGAGGCGCCCUUUUGAAUCCGUCGCUUAUACAAACCAAGUAAUACUGGUGUAACGGCAGUCUUUACCGUAAAAAAUGGACCAUUAUUAAAACAAGCAAUCCAAUCCAAAUGAGAGACUUUGGAACGCCAGGUGGCAGCAAACUUAUCAGGCAAAUGUCCAUAGACCUGUCACAGAUACCCAUUGUGCAAGCAAUAUAACUGUUAAAUGAGUAUUUGAGAUAAAGUUUUGUUUACGUGGUUGUGGCAUGCGCACAUAACCAAGAACACAUAGAUUUACCUGGUAAGUUUGCUGCCACCCAGAGCCCCAAAGUCCCCCAUUAAAAAUAUAUCGGUGUAAAAUUUCACGAAUGCAAACUCUUUGCUUCAAUGGAUUUGUGCACAGAUUUUUAAGAAAUAAUGCAUAGUCUCUUUUUAAAGUAAACUAAAUUACCCGUCUGCUGUUGAAUUGUGUUUAUGCACUAAUGCAUACAUGACACUAUAAGAACGUACACUCGUGGAUUGCAGACUCGGUCAUAAAGGACCCCUUACAUUGGCCGCCAUCUUUGAUGUAAAACGUGCACGUGUGCAUUGGCUGAGAGUCGUGCGCGGCGCUCACGCGUGCACCUUUCCAGUACUUAACAUCAAAGAUGGUCAUGCCAUGUGCAAUCUAUUGCACAUCGCGGACAUUUUACCCAUAGUGAUCAAAUCAAGAUAUUGUUUAAAAACUGAUAGCAUGGCAAGUGCUAAACGGAAAUGAUCAUUAAGAAGUGUAUACAUCUUUAAUAUUUCCCUCGACCCUCAUGUAUAGAGGGAACCCAAUGUGAUCAAAGCAAACACAAGUGAUAAGAAGAAAUACAAGGGCAUUGUUAUCGGCAUUGAAGUAAGCAUCAAUCAAUCUGACAACCUUGUGUCCAAAGUCCAAAUUGUUAAGUUACAUAUUACGGACAUUUAGAAGACAGAGAAACAAAAACAGGAUUCCCCAAAAGACCCCCAUUUAACCUUUGGCUAUGGUUUUCCAUGCUCAGAACUUAUUCAACAAUGGACAUCAUAUUACACAGUUAAUCUGCUGCCACCUAGCGUUACCAAAGUUUCCCUAAUAACAUUAAUUAUAAAAAUGAAAAUUUCCGAGAAAUAUGUUAAGCGUGUGUAACAAGUUCGCGAUGUUAUCUCGGCUAUUUGAAUUAUUUGUUUCGCCCUGUGCCUAUGCAAUUUACGUUGAACGAAAAAAAAAAAACAAUUUGAACCCGGGAUGAAAUACACAAUUUUUGUUUUAAGUCUUAUUCACACGAGAGCCAAUUAGCAAGGGUCCCUUGCUAAAUUUUAACAUAUCUUUACAGUUUUACAAACUGUUCCCUUGUGUGAAAGGACAGCAAUUUGUGUACUGUCCAAGGUCUCUGGUAAAAUAUUGUCAAACCAUUUUUACAACCAUGCUAAAAUUAAGCAAGGGACCACUUUUAAAUUGCUUUCGUGUGAAUAGCACUUUACUGUGGAUGUGUGUUUGGCAUUUUACCCAGUACUUUCUCGAAUACUGUGUAAAAACAACCAUACGACUGUAACCAUAUGGGUUGGUGCCAUUAUAAACUGUACACAAAUUAAUGAUUGAUUAAUUUACUGCAUGGGUACUAUUCCAUGGACAAAAUCAGCACCGUUGUAUGCAGAAUAACAUAGUCUCAAAGUUUAGUUUGUGAUUUGUUUAGCUGAUUUCAGAUAGGAGCAGAUCAAUCUAAUAAUGUCUAUUACUCAUGGCUAGUUGGUAUGACACUGCUCUAGAGUUACAAAGGUCGUGGGUUCGAAUCCCACCCAAAUAAUAUGCAUGUUUUUUUCCCCUCAGAACUCGGGAAAGGGUAAAGUACCGAGUUAUACAGUGCUAACACACAUCGGUGUAUAAGGGUAAAACCAAAAUGAAGUCUAUAAACCUGUUAGUACUUACCAACACUGUUCCACGCUGGGUGUACUGUGUGGGCUUUAAGAUUAUGUUGCAUGUUCCUGUUGUGGUUUUAAACGAUCGAAGCCAACGCAAGACACUGUAGAGAAAUACAAACAUUGCAAUGUCGAAUUAUAACGAGCUUUGUGAAGAAUUGUGUCCUGUUUGACAUGUUGCAGUCAUCUUUACUACAUUCCCCCCGUAUGCAGCUAAGAUAAUCCGUAUAGAUCGAGAGGGAACCAAACAACAAGUUGGUUGCACCCCAACCAUUGUAUUUUCCAUAUCUGAAGAAACGUCUGUAAAACAAUACUUCAUUUUCCCCGUGUGAAGCUACGUAUAUUCGGUAAAACUCGAGUAUCGUAGUGUUCCUUGUCAUUCGGUCUUUUUUUUUUUUUUUUUUUUUUUUAAUCAAUCAACAACAUCAUUGCACCACAUCAUUGUAUUUUCCAUAUCUGGAAAAAAUCAACGUUUUUAAAAACAACUCUCCCUUUCCCUAUGUGCAGCUACGAGUAUAUUCUGUAUCGUAGACAGUGUUCCUUGUCAUUCGGGCCAAGAGUGAACCAAAUUUCAUUGUUGCGCCACUAGCAUUGUAUUUUUUCAUAUCUGAAAAAGUAAAGCUCGUAAAACAGUUUUACUGUUGUGUCAACCAGGCAAUGUAAAAAAAAAAGGUGUAUUUUCAGUGGGCCAACUAAGAAUGAAACAAGUUUUAAAGUUUAAAUCAAACAAUAUGAAAGUCAUUCAAACCUUUAUAUAUAAAUAAAUUGUAAUUAAUUGUGAAGAGGGAUGGCUUUAGAAAAAGGGGAAAAGUGUGAAAUUGAAAGGGUAAGUAGGUGAAUGUGAAUGACAUGGUGUAUCAGAAGUUGUGUUUUUGUAAAAUUUGAAAUUUUAAUUUUUUACAUUAUCGUUCAGGUAUUUUAAAAUUGUACACAGUAUCUCGGUUUUAUUUUGAUGUUAAAUUGUAAAGAGAUGAAUUGGACAAAAUGAAUGAAUUAUUUUAUAUAAAGUUUACUGUUUUAGCAACUAGAUGAAGGAGUGUGGGCUAGAAGCUGGUAUCUUGACAGUGCUUAGGAAUUGUCUAUUGACUGAGGGUGUGUAGAAUUAUAGUGUGUUUUCCUUGUCCUCAUUUGCAGUGAGGACAACAACUUUUACAUAAAAACUGUGUUAUCUAAAUUAUUAUGGCGCGCUAAGUUGACAAGCAAUCCUGAGAAAAGGAUUAAUAUUUCUAUAUUAGUAUUGCAUGGCAACGUUCAUUUUGCUAAGGUAGUCGCCAAUAAUAACAAUCAUUACUGGAGAAGAUGUGUCACACAAAACGAACUGGCAAUUUUGUAUCCAGAUUCGUAGACUUGUAUCAGUCACACUCUAAACCCUCCCAUCAGAGUGCAAGAGGUAUAUUAUAAUAGUUGUAUUUAUUGGAAACUGACAGUUUCCAGUUCCUUAUGGAACCAUGCGUUUCUUUAUGCAUUUCAAGUCUGAUGCAACUUAGAUUCAUUUAAUAAUAUAAUUCAAAUCUAAGGGGCAAAAUAUUGAAACAUGUGUAUUUGCUGUUGCAAACUACUUUAACUAACCAAAAGGAUCUAUGUAACAAAUAGAGACAAAUAGUUCGAGGCCUGACGUUUACCCUAGCAGAGUCUUUCUUUAUGGCCCACAAGAAGACUCGCUCAGGGACUUCGAGGGAGACUAGUCCGCUAUUGGUGAAACGCCAGGCCACUUACUAUUUGUGGAUUUUUUUUUCACAAAAAGAAUGUUGCAACAAUAUUUCAAUAGUUACAUAUUUAUAACUGACAAAUAUUUAAUUUUCCUCGUCAAACAAUCUUUGCACGCCACAGAAAUAAGUAUACGACCAUGAUUGAUCAACCUUAUUGACUACACGAAGUAGAAACUGCCCUUAGAUUAUAAAGUCCGUCAAACACGAAAUGGGUUAUAAUUACGUCGAUUGAGGACAAACAUAUAUUCACUGACAAGAUCUCGCGUUUUCUUGUUACCAAUGUCCCCAAAUUAGCAUUGGCCUAAAUUAAAUAUGUAUAUGCAUUUGUGCAAACAACAAUAAUAAAUGUAUUGAUAUAAAACUAUUGCCAAAAUUUAACAUUUUGAUCCUAGCGUAUUGAUUUGUUUGUGAUGUCGACAUGAUUAUUGUGACGCAGUUGUUCAAUAGAUAGAGUCCUUAUGAAAAUGGUGGGGAGAAAUUCACAAGUCUCAAACUUCAUCUUUAAAAUGGUGACCUUUGAUGUGCAACUCAUUCAGAGCAAAAUUUGAAAAUGAUGUCAUUGGAAAUCAACAACAAAUGGGAAUACCUGAAAAGGAACGUCUGCGUAAAAGUUACCAUAAUUUAUUAUCUAUAUGUGGCAGAGCGUGUCCCCCAGUGUUCCCAUCCUUUAUCAUAUCUUACCCUUGUAGCCUACUUGUAGAGGGAUACACACUGCAAAACUUGGGCAAUAUUGUUGCCAUUAGGUGUUGUCACAUAUAUAUACCGAAGAGAGAAUCAAAAUUAACAACAUUGUGUGUUAAAAACAUAGAGCAUAUUAUGGUUAAAAAUAACACCGAGUAAGUGCUAACACACAUCGGUGGAUACGGGUAAAACCAAAACACGUGUAAACUGUUUCGUCCGAAAUGUGUGUUAUUUUAACACCCUUUGGUGUAAAGGUUUAUUCAUAAUUUAGAUUGAAUUUUGUGACAAUACCCAUGGUGUCAACUUGAACACCCCAGUUUUUACAGGAUACCCCCAAACCCCGACUACAUCCCUCUAAAGAAUUCCGGGGAUUCCCACAACACAAUGAAGAUACAAUAGAAGGAGGAUGGGAGAAAGGGAUGGGUUGGGGGGGGGGGGGUUACACCAUGCCACAUAUCGACCACUUAUUAUAUCAAAAUACAAUGUAUUUUUGCAUAUCAACGAAAUUCAGGGAUGAACUUAACAAAAAUCCUGUACAAAGUGUACAGACCCAUUUGUUUGAGAUUGGAGGUUAUUGAAAGUUCUUUCGUUUUGAUGAAACUUGCAUUGGAAGGGUAUACCAAUACAAUUAUAGACUUGUUACUUGUUCCCCAUUUUCAUCAGGAAUCUCUAUUUGAAAAUGGAAGCAUAAAGCAAAAACUCUCAGUGGAGUCCCUUUAAUAAAUAAAAAUUGUGAAACUCGGUUACAUUUUGUGGUAAUAACAUUGAAUUCGGACAUUGGU